UGGAUUGUUGGGCGUGGGAGGGGUUCGCGAUCUUUUUUAUUUAGGCGAGUUUGUUUCUGUUUAUUUCAAGUAUUUACUUUAUUCAUAUUCACCUGCACAAAAGCAGUUGGGUUCGGCACAGCUGCAUAUGAAAUAAACACCCACAACGCUGGGGUUGUUGACGAGAUUGCCUCUAAGUUGUUGUAACUUUGAUCACCCCUCUCUCUCUCUCCCUCCCCACCCCUGGUCAGUGUUGAUGGGCUGUACCACACGCGUCACCAAGUUGUGAAAUAACUUAGUGGCCAUUUGCCAGCCUGAGCGGGGUCCAGGUGAGGUACGGGUCGCUAGGCGAGAGUCGCGACUCCCAACACUGCACCCCAGUCUCUGGGGCUCGGUCUGAAAGCCCAUCCCCGCUCCCCACCUCCCUGAGGCCGAUCUGUACCGGGUGGCUGUCUCUCUCUCCCCCUCCCCUCCGGCUCUGCUUAACUUUGUUUGUAAUUCAUUCCGGAAUCAAGAUAGCAAAUUGUACAUUCCGGAUGAAGAUUGGGCCAAAAUUUACAGCCCUGCAUUGCUUGCCCUACGCUUUAAAUGUGUUAAACUUGUGCUGUGAGACAAACAGAGCAAACUUUUCUUUCAAAGGUGAAAUGGAGAGUCUUGGGAGUUUCCAACAUUGUCUCUGAUUCAGGCAGUGAUCGUGCCUGAGAGUUCCUCUUGUACAGAGAGACAUAAAAAUCACCUUCUGGAGCAAGUGGGACUUGAGUGCUGGCCCAGAGACAUGACCAUGUUUGGAGAGUGGAUCUUCUGACCAGAACUAAGGCGUCAAACACAGGAAAUGUCCCAGUCUGCCUUGAGGAUUAAACUGGCUGCUGCAUUUUAAUGUCGUGGCAGAGAGAGAGUGCUCCAGUCAUCACCAGAUGGCUCGCUUCUUCAGAUGGCUCGUAGACUUUAAGAGGAACAGGAACUCAAGUCCGAACUCCAGGUUGAAUCCAUGUUCCAGCCCCCAGACGAGUGACAGGACAAAAAGUCCCUGUGGAGAUCUAAGAUCCUGCAGCACCUCACUGUCCACAACCACCUUGUCAUCAUGGAAACUUGACAGCAGUGCCCGAUGGAGUAAAGAGUAUGACGUGUGUGUCUGUCACACUGAGGAUGAUAUAAUGUACGUACAGGACCUCGUGUCUUUCUUUGAAUUGCAUCCUCACAGUCUGCGCUGCUUCCUGCAGUUCAGGGACGCAACUCCAGGGGGUGCUGUCUGCACUGAACUUUGCCAAGCUGUCAGGGAGAGCCAUUGCUGGGUGUUGGUCAUCACACCCAGCUUUCUUAAGGACCCAUGGUGCAGGUACCAGAUGCAACAGGCACUGUCUGAAUCGCCAAUGGCUAAUGGACGGAUUAUUCCUGUCCGCAAGCAACUGGAACGGAAGGAUUACCCCCAGGAGCUUCGCUUUAUGUUUGGUAUUGAUGUCAGGCAGGACAAAGAAAAUGGAUUCCAAAAGAUCAAGUGUGCUAUAAUGCAUUAUCUCGAGGAACUCAGUCGGAAGGAGAGUGAGUACAUUCCCAGUUCACAGGACGACCCAGAGUUCAACAUGGACACUGCCAGUGAAACACUGGACUCAAGUGGGAAUUGUUGAGUGACUAAAGGACAAUGCUUGCUGAAGUCUGCUAUCAAGGAGAUGGGAUAUUGAAAAUGGAGUUAUUUUUAAUUUUUCCAAUACUUGGGGGGCGAGCUUGAAAACUGUUUGUUUAUGUAGGGGUUUACGUAACUGUCUGUUUUUGUUCUUACAUGUGCGUCUCUGUCUUUAUCUGUAAUUGGUGUGAUGUGUGAGUUUGCAGUGUUGUUUCCCCUUUUACUUUCCCGGUGGUGGAAAUCUAUUCCCAGUCGAGGGAUGAAAACUGACGUUAAACUGACAUGGUUCAAUGCUUGGCUUACUGCUGAGGUUUGGCUCUAAGUGGCAUUGAGUUCAGGUAAUUAACAGUGGUGAACCUAGGAGAUGGGGGUUAUUGCAAUGUGUUGUGGUGAGCUUUUCCUUGUAGUUGGCACUGAUGGGAGAAUAUGAUGGCGAGUCUUUAUAAUUUGUUGCGAGUGAUGCAUAAAUGUGUUCCUCUGAGACAGGCAAGAAGGGGUAAGAUAAAGGAACCUUGGAUGAC